AUGAAAAGGUUGUCUUAUUCAAAAGUCAACAAACAAACCGAGGACACAACAGAGGUUCCUGCUGAUUCUAGUAGUACGGGUGAUGGAUUAAAUAUCGAGCAGCCAAAAGAUAAGGAUGAAGUACAUAAGGAGAAGGCUAAGGAUGCUAAGAAGGACAAAGGGAAAGAAAAGGAUAGUGACAGGAAAGUGGAUCAUGAGAAGGAGAAAGGCAAGAGCCUUGACGUGGCAAACUUUGAAAGAUUGUUACAGCGACUUCCUGGUUGUGUAAGCCGUGAUCUUAUUGACCAGUUAACGGUGGACUAUUGUUAUUUGAAUUCCAAGACAAAUAGAAAAAAACUUGUCAAAGCGUUAUUCAAUGUCCCUAGGACAUCUCUGGAGUUGCUAGCAUACUAUUCGCGUAUGGUUGCAACACUAGCAACAUGCAUGAAGGACAUCCCUUCUACUCUUGUGCAGAUGUUGGAGGACGAGUUCGAUGCUCUGGUCCAUAAAAAAGACCAAAUGAAUAUCGAAACAACAAUCCGGAACAUCAGAUUUAUUGGAGAACUCUGCAAGUUUAAAAUCGUGCAUCCUAAUACUGUAUUCAGUUGUUUGAAGGUAUAA